AAUAGAUUGAUGGAUUAUUCAGUGUUCAAAUAAGAUUCAUGCAGUUGGAAAGUAAUAAGAAAGCUGAAUGAAGAAGAAGAAGAUAACUGAACACCACUGUAAAUUGCAAGAAUAAAAUGAGCUUUCAAUCCUUUCCAUCAAUCCCAACAAUGGGAUCUUCUUCGUUCAUCAAAAGUCUCUACAGCAAAGUUUCCGGGUUUGCGAAUUCCAGAGAAAUAAACAGAGUCCCUUGUGGCAGUAUAAGAAGAAGAAGAAGGCCCUUCCAUGGUGAUGUCGAACAAGACGAGUUCCAAUGUGCCACCAGCCAUUGUCUCACGUCUUAUUACAGUGUUUUUGUCGUUCGUCUGGCUAUCAUGGCGAUGCUGGCGAUUUUGAUUGGAUUGUUGACUCUCCUUACUUGGCAUUUCACUCGAGUCUACACAACGAGAUCAUUGGAGAGUUUGGCUUAUGGGCUUCGUUUUGAGCUUCUUCAACGACCCAUUUUACGUAUGUGGAACAUCUUCAACUCGACAGUCGAGAUAGCCACAGCUCAGGUUAAGCUCUCAGAGUAUGUCAUCAGGCGAUACAGUAAGCCCGCCAAUCAAGCCGAGCAAGUUGAGCUUUAUGAAGUAAUGAGAGACGUAACAUGGGCUAUGUUCGCCAGUCAAAAGGCGCUCAAUUCUAUCACCAUCAGCUACAGAAACGGUUUCGUCCAGGCUUUCCACAGGGAUCAUCGAAGCAACAACACUUUCUACAUAUACUCUGAUCUCGUCAACUAUUCCAUCACCACCGGAUCAUACAAGACCGAGAAGAAUCUCUCCUCGUCGUGCCAAGGCUGGAACGAUCAGUCGAUACAAGGCAACGUUUCGGCUAUUUGGUAUCGAGAGCCCUUGGAUCCAAUAACCGGCGUCAAGAUUGGAAAGCAGAGACCCAUUCCUCCAGACGACUUGAUAAACAUAGCCGGUCUAUCUCAAGUACCCGACAGAACAGCUUCAUGGCACGUGGUGGUUAGCAAAUACAACGAUUCUCCUCUACUUUCGGCUGCUCUUCCGGUUUGGGACCCUUCGAAUGAAAGCAUAGUGGCUGUCGUCGGAGUUACUACGCCACUUUACAGCGUCGGACAGUUGAUGAAAGAGCUAGUCGAGUUCCACAGUGGACAUAUAUAUUUGACUUCACAAGAGGGCUGGCUGCUCGCUACUUCCGCAAACGAACCCCUCUUGAAGAACACCACAAACGGGCCCAAACUUAUGAUGGCGGUUGAUUCCAAGGAUCGUGCCAUAAGGAUGGGAGCGUUGUGGUUGCAGAGAACCUAUGGAAACAAGUUCCCUCCAACUCACGGUCAUGAAAUUCACGUGAAAAAUGCAAAGCUUGACGACGAACUAUAUUACAUUGAUUCGUUUUUCCUAAACUUAAAGAGGCUUCCCAUGGUUGGCGUCAUCAUAAUCCCAAGGAAGUACAUAAUGGGAAAAGUGGAUGGAAGGGCUUUCAAAACAUUGAUUAUAUUGAUAUUAGCAUCAGUUUGCAUAUUGUUCAUUGGGUGCAUUUGCAUCUUCAUAUUGACAAAUGGAGUUUCAAAGGAGAUGAAUCUAAGGGCAGAGUUAAUAAGCCAUUUGGAUGCAAGAAGAAAGGCAGAAGCAUCAAGCAACUACAAGAGCCAGUUUUUAGCAAAUAUGAGCCAUGAAUUACGAACACCGAUGGCUGCAGUGAUUGGAUUACUCGAUAUUCUUAUCAGUGACGUCGAUUCACUCAAUAAUGAGCAAUUUGCAAACAUUACCCAGAUUCGUAAAUGUUCAACUGCUUUACUCCGGCUUCUGAACAACAUUCUGGACCUCAGUAAGGUUGAAUCAGGUAAAUUGGUCCUGGAAGAAGCAGAGUUUGAUCUGGGAAGAGAACUUGAAGGUCUUGUUGAUAUGUUCUCAGUCCAGUGCAUCAAUCACAAUGUUGAAACUGUCCUUGAUCUAUCUGAUGACAUGCCAAGAUAUGUUCAAGGUGACUCUGCCAGAGUGGUCCAAAUAUUCGCAAACUUGAUCAGCAAUUCAAUCAAGUUUACAUCAUCCGGCUAUAUUAUUCUCCGAGGAUGGUGCGAGGAUCCAAACGACACUUCAAGAAACAGUUGGAAGUUCGACUCGAUUCCUAAAUCCAAGCUGAGGCAGCAUAUUAACCACAAAAAUAGCAGGUCCACUAAAAAUGAUAAUAAAGUGGUUCUUUGGUUUGAAGUUGACGACACAGGCUGUGGAAUAGAUUCAAGCAAAUGGGAAUCUGUUUUCGAAAGCUUUGAACAAGCUGAUCCUUCAACAACUCGUCUGCAUGGUGGCACUGGUCUUGGGCUAUGCAUUGUGAGAACAUUGGUAAACAAAAUGGGCGGUGAAAUCGAAGUUGUAAAGAAGGAAGGGCCAGGAACAGUAAUGAGGUUAUGUUUACGCCUUAACACACCAGUGGAUGGCAAUGGAGAAGUUUUCCAAGUCAAUAACUUCAAGGAACAUAAAAUUAUGGUCUUGCUUGCACUUAGCGGAAGAAUGGGUAGGUCGAUUAUGUUACAUUGGUUACAGAAAAAUGGAGUGCUAACAUGGGAAGCAUCUGAGUGGAAUGGCUUGACACAAGUUCUUCAUGAAAACUUUCCAACUGAGACCUGCGAUGGAGAACCACAUAUACAAGGAUCGAAGAGUUCAAUCUUCGUCAUAAUUGUCGACAUUGGCCUACUUGACUUAAUAAACACAAAUAUAUGGAGAGAACAGCUAAAUUUCCUGGAUAAAUACUGUAAGUCAGCAAAAUUCGCGUGGAUACUAAACCACGACACCUCAAACAGUGUUAAGAUGGAGCUUCGCAGCAAAGGGCAUCUGAUAAUGGUCAACAAACCGUUAUACAAGGCAAAAAUGACCCAAAUAUUGGAGGCUGCAAUAAAGGAGAGAAUUACAGAGGUGGAAAAGGAGACAACUGAUAAAACCAAAGAGAAUGGCUUGCAUGAAUGUCUCGAAACUGAUCAAAUUCAGUAUUAUGGAGCAGCUACCUCUGAUGAUUCUGAUAGGUCUAGAAUCGGAAGUCCAGGACAAGGUGAGUAUGGGAUCGUUCAGGACUGCUUGAUCGAUAUUAACCAAGUGAACUCAGAAGAACAAGAAGAAUUUGGCAAUAUUGGGGAGAAUAGAGCAAGUAAUGAAAACUUUGAAGACUUAUUAAGUAAAACAGCAAGUCCAACGAAAUCUCUCGAAGGAUUACACAUAUUACUAGCAGAAGAUACGCCUGUACUCCAACGAGUAGCGACGAUAAUGCUGGAGAAAAUAGGUGCUUCUGUCAUGGCAGUUGGUGAUGGAGUUCAGGCAGUGCAUGCAUUGAGAGCUACACUCACUGAAGAAGUAUGUCGUAGUGAUAUGGAAUCUUCCUUGGAAGAAGAUCAAAAGAAAAGCAGCAAGAAUAAUCAGCCUUUCGACUUGAUUCUAAUGGAUUGCCAGAUGCCAAAGAUGGAUGGGUAUGAAGCAACGAAGGCUAUAAGACAAUCAGAAACAGGAACAAAUUCUCACAUUCCCAUUGUUGCCUUAACAGCACAUGCAAUGUCAUCAGAUGAAGCAAAGUGUCUGGAAGUGGGUAUGGAUGCUUACCUAACAAAACCUAUUAAUUGUAAGCUCAUGGUUGCAACCAUCCUUGAAUUGACUAAGAGACACACCUGAUCAGUUCCACAAAAGCAAAAUAACGGAGUUUUAGAUUCAAUCAAUCGAAAAUAACAUAAAUUGUAAGAAUCUAAUUAUGACGGCUCAUUUCUGCUGAUCGUUUGAACCCUAACGAAGAAUACGGAAGUGAGUAAU